ACGGCCGCGUAAACACCGUCUACAGUGUCCACACACACUACCUACACGUACGUCGUGCGACCGGCUCGCGUGACGGUCGUGAAUGUGUGGGCGUGUGUGUGUGUGCAAGCUGCGCUUGUAUGCGUGUGUUAGCGUGAUUACACGGAGUUUAAUAAUAAUAUACGAUAGCUGCGGUGUCCGUGCUCGAACGAUUAAUGCGAUCUGUUUCCAUUGAUCUCACUGAACUGCAGCGGCGUUAAAAUGAAAAAAGAGCGGAAAAAACACUGCAAAGACAAAAACAAGAAACAGCCCUCGGAUUCGUGUUCGUCCGGUUGCAGCAGUAUGGAUUGCAUGGGACUACAGCAAAUUCCAUCGUCGCCGCCGCCGAGUUAUGAGCAUAGUUUGCAGGAGCCAGGACAAUCUUCCGAUCACGGUGGCAAUCUGCAACAAAUGACCACGUCCGAUGAAAUUUGCGCCGGAGGGAGUGGUCGGCAAUCGUGUAGCUCUGAGAUCGAAUGUCAAAGUAAUGGAUCACCCGUAAGACAAGAAAUAUUUCAUAAGAGCAGCAAAGAGUUUUAUAAGGCGGUUGCUGCUCAAUGGGGUAUAACGUGCAAGAUGAGCGAUCACUGCAGGUGUCUGGAUUGUCAGAUUGUUCCUUAG